AUGUUUACAUUAGAAGUUGUGGUACCAAAACAACAUGUACCAGAAAAAUUUGAUAGAUUCAUUGCAUCAAGUAGAAUUAAAGUAAAAGAAACUGGAGAAUAUGUUAAAUUAACUAGAUCAGCAAUACCAAAGAUUUUAGCAUUAAAAAGUGUUUCAAUUAAUGGUUUACCAUUAAAAGAUAAAAGUACAAAAGUGAAACCAAAUGAUAUUAUCACAAUUCAAUUAGCAAAUAUUGAUUCAUUCAAAGUUGAUCAACAACAACAAUUAAAGAGUGAAGAACAACAAGAAAUAAUAAAACAAAAACAGCAACAACAACAACAAGCUCAAAAACAACAAACAAAACCAGCAGAUUCAAAACCAUGGUGGGAGAAAAAUAAAGAAAAAGAAAAAGAUCCAUUUGCUCAACAACAAAAUAAUAAUAAUAAUUAUAAUAAUAAUCCAGAAAUUAGACAACAUUCACAAAUUAAAAAACAACCAAUUAAAAAACCACAAAAUAAGAGUAAUAAUAAUAAUAAUAAUAAUAAUAAUAAUUCCAAUAAUAGUGGUAAUUUUAAUUUAGUUUCAACAGAUAUUAAAUUAGAUAUAGUUUAUGAGGAUAAAGAUCUUGCAAUUAUAAAUAAACCAGCAGGUAUGUUAGUACAUCCGACAGCAUUGACAUUGGGAUCGAAUGCAUUGGUUAUUAAUAAAGAGGAUCAAACACAUACAUUGGUGAAUGCAUUGAUUCAUCGUUAUGGUGGUGUUGAGAACCUUUCGAGUGUUGGUGGUGUUGAACGUCCUGGUAUUGUGCAUAGAUUGGAUAAGGAUACCGCCGGUAUGAUAAUUAUCGCUCGUAAUAAUGAUGUUCAUCAAAAGUUGCAAACUCUAUUUGAAAAGCAUACUUCAACAAUGAUCACUCAUACCACUAUCGAUCAAUACGAAGACAAUGGUUCCAUUAGUAAUAACCAAAUCGAGAGAAUGUUACAAGGUAAAAAAAUACCACUUACAAUCUCAAAGAAAUACCAUUGUAUCGUUUUAGGUAAACCAAAAGAACAACAUGGUUUCAUCAAUAAGAAAAUCUCAAGACAUCCAGCUGAUAAAAAUAAAAUGGUAAUCGAUCAAGAUAAUGGUAAAGAAGCUUUAACUGAAUUUAAAGUACUCAAAGUUUGGGAAAAUGUUAAUGCUAAAGUUUUAGAUAAUCAAAAAAAUAAACAAACUUCAAAACAACAAACAACAACAAAUAAUAAUAAUAAUAAUAAUACCACUACAAACAAUAUUAUAAAUUCAACUCUAAGUGAAUAUGAUAAUGCUAUGAAUCAACUUCAUAAAAAUAAAAAGAAAAAUACCAAAAAAUCAAAUAUUACUUCUAAAAAUGUAAAUUCAAGAAUGCAAUUUUUAUCUGUUGAUGAUGAUGAUGAAGAAGAAAAAGAAGAUGGAGAUGAAGAUGAAAAAGAAGAUGAGGAUGAAGAAGAAAAUGAAGAUGAAGAAGAUGAAGAAGAAGAAGAUGAUGAAGAAGAAGAUGAAGAAGAAGAGGAAGAAGAUGAUGAUGAUGAAGAUGAAGAGGAAGAAGAAGAUGAUGAAGAGGAAGAAGAUGAAGAAGAAAAUUAUGAUGAAAUUAUAUUAAGAUUACAACAGAAAACUAAAAUGAUUACAUCAAAUACAUUUUCAUUAUUAGAGGUAACAUUACAUACAGGUAGAUCUCAUCAAAUUAGAGUUCAUAUGGCAUCUGAAAAUAUUCCAAUCGUUGGUGAUCCAAUUUAUUCAAGUAAAUCUAAACAAUUUUUAGUAUCAUAUUUAUUGUUAGCUUCAAUGAAUUUGAAAUUUGUUCAUCCAAUUUUAAAUGAAAUUAAAGAAUUUUCAAUUCAAUAUCCAUCUCAUUUUAAAAAUUUUAUUUCUUCAAUUGAAGGUACAACCGAAACUAUCAAAGAUAAUGAUGAUGCUGCUGCUGCUGUUGGUCAUGAAAAUGUCGAUAAUAGUGAUGAAGAAAUUGAACACCAACAACAACUACCAAUAAAUUCCAAAAAAUUAAAAUCAAAAUCUAAAUCAAAAUCAAUAUCUUCAAAUUUUGUUUUACAACCAACUAUAAAAAAUAUCAAUAAUAAUAUUAAUAAUAAUAAUAAUAAUAAUAAUAAUAAUAAUUAUAUUAAUAACAAUAGCAAUAAUACCAAUAAUACAAAGAAAAAAAAUAGCAACUACAUAAAUAGUUUAAAUACCAGUAAUAAUCUUGAAAAAGAUUUAUUGUCAGAUUUUUUAAAAAAAAAAUAA